AUGUUGAUCGACACGGGCGCGGAGAUCACAUUCAUCACUGCUUCUCUCGUGCAGCAACUCAAGCUUCACCGGGAAGCAUCGGUAAUACCGAUCAUCGGGAUCGGCGGGACGCAUUCGGGCCACACGCGCGGGGUGGUUAGCGUAAAGCUUCGGUCUAUGCACUCAUCGGACAUUGUCUCAAUAAAAGCUCACAUUUUGUCAAAGUUAAUGCCUACUCUCCCUUCAUUUACACCUCCUAACAUCUCACUUUCUCAUCUGCAAGGUCUUCCACUUGCAGACCCGGAAUUUCUCUCACCAGGGUCCAUCGAUUUAAUUCUCGGGGCUGACAUCUAUGGGCAACUCAUUCGGGAGCAGAUCAAGCGGGGGCCUCACGGCACACCGAUUGCACAGAAUACGGUUUUCGGGUGGAUCGUUCUCGGUCCUAUGGACUCUUCUCAACAGUCAGCCGGGUUGGUUCAUCACGCUGCAGUGGAUCACGGGUAUCAGGAGCUUCAGGAUCUCCUCACACAGUUUUGGGGACAGGAAGAAGUCUCGGGCUCGGGCGAAUCGCAUCUCACUCCUGACGAGCAGGAAUGUGAGACUCAUUUCUUGACGACACACAAACGGGACUCAGACGGGCGGUACGUCGUCAGAUUGCCGGUUAAAUCCGCAUCGGGGACAUUGGGCGGGUCUUUUCACACAGCUUCGUCUUGUCUCCAUCGACUACAAUGCAAACUCAAUCGGGAUUCAAGCUACAAGGGCCUCUACGACACGUUUCUCGGGGAAUACGAAUCAUUGGGGCACAUGACUCGAGUCUCGGGCAAUCACGCCCCUCUCGGGCCUAUUUACUACUUGCCGCACCACGGGGUGCUCACCACAAAGUUACGUGUUGUAUUCAACGGGUCGUGCAAUACAGAUUCGGGAAUUUCGCUUAACGACAUUCUGCACACGGGCGCGAAACUGCAGCGAGAUAUUUCGGACGUUCUCUUGUGGGUCAGACGACACCGUUUCGUCUUCGCGACCGACAUCGUUAAGAUGUUCCGCACCAUUCCUCGCGGGACGGGCGGGAAAUAUCCCGAGGCUGUCGCCCCUCUUACAAAGGGGCGAUAUGUGGACGAUAUUUACGGCGGUGCUGACCAGCUCGCAGAUCUCAUCACGCAAGCGGAGCAACUCAUCGGGAUUUGUACAGCGGGCUGCUUUCCUCUGGCCAAGUGGCAGAGCAAUCAUCCGGAGCUUCUCACGGCGGUCGGAGCGACCUCAUCAACGGAAAACGCUCGGGUAUUUGAAGAAUGGGAGACAAAAGUCCUUGGUCUCGCAUGGCUUCCUCACACGGACGUGUUCAAAUUCACGGUUCACAAGUACACAGCCGGGGACGGAAUCACGAAACGCAUCAUUCUCUCGGAGAUCGCACAAUUAUACGAUCCAUUGGGUUUUCUCUCACCGGUAACGAUUCGGGCCAAAGUUCUCUUACAAAGGCUUUGGUUAGAAAAGUUAAAUUGGGAUGACCUCGUGUCAACGGAAGUUCGCAACUCCUGGGUCGCGUUUCGGCAGGAACUAUCGCAUAUCGGGACGGUUUCGGUACCGCGGUGGCUCAACAUCGCGACGGGUACAUCGGUCGAACUACACGGGUUUUCGGAUGCAUCUCAACUAGCAAUGGGCGCAGCUGUGUACGUUCGGGUUUCGGGCGCGGGUAAUCAAACAACGGUCUCACUAGUCUGCGCUAAGACUAAGGUCGCACCGAUCAAACGGCUCACAAUUCCUCGGUUGGAGCUCGCAGCAGCGGUGCUGCUUGCUAAACUCACACACCACGUGCAAAACGUGCUGGGCCUUGAUGACUCACGGUGGGACGGGCCUCACUGGUUAGCAAGAGACUCAUUCCAUUGGCCAACUCAACGCAUCGGGACGGGGGACGCAGCGGCGCUCGAAGAGCGGCCAGGUCUUACACUCUCACUCGCAACAUCACCCUCACCGGUUUACGAUCUCAUCUUGAAAUACUCAUCUCUCACACGGUUGUUGCGAAUCACCUCAUGGCUCUUCAAGGUGAUUACAAACCUGAAAAGAGCGGGCGACGGUACAUCGGGUUCAGCCAACAUCACACCGGGAGACCUGGAGAACUCACGGCUUUAUUGGGUGAAAGCCAUUCAGGGAGCAUACUUCACUUCAGAGCUUAAAACACUCACAUCGGGCUACACUCUCCCGAAAUCGCAUCCGAUCACGCGAUUAACGGGCUUCAUAGAUCAUCAAGGCAUUCUCAGGGUGGGAGGACGGCUGAAGCACUCAGCCUUACAACCUGAUUGCAAGCACUCAGUCAUUCUCCCUCGGGACUCACCACUUACGGCACUUCUCAUCGCUGAUGCCCACGAGCACACUCUCCACGGCGGGACUCAACUCACUCUGGCUUAUCUACGGCAGAGCUGCUGGAUCAUCGGCGGGCGUGGGCCAGUACGCUCAUACAUUUUGCGUUGCGUGCGGUGCGCGCGCUUCUGGGCGCUCAAGGCACAGCAACUAAUGGGUCAGUUGCCAAUCUCACGGGUUACGCCGGCAAGGCCGUUUCUCUUCUCGGGGGUCGACUACGCGGGGCCAGUUUCACUCAAAAGCUGGCGCGGGCGUGGGAGCAAAUGUCACAAAGGCUGGCUGUGCAUUUUCGUUUGUUUCGCUACCUCCGCUAUGCACCUGGAAGUUGUUACAGAUUUAACCACGGACGGGUUCCUCGCAGCACUCAGACGGUUCACGGGCAGACGCGGGAUUCCGCACACGAUCCAAAGUGAUUGCGGAACCAACAUUCAGGGUGCAGCAGCGGAGCUACAACAAUUAUUCAAAACGGGUACACGGGAAUCCGAACUCAUUCAGCACACUGGGGCAACUGACGGGAUUAAAUGGGUGUUCAACCCACCGGGGGCACCUCAUAUGGGCGGAAAAUGGGAGGCCGCAGUAAAAUCGGUCAAGUAUCAUCUCCGGCGGACGAUUGGGGAUGCCAGUCUCACGUUUGAAGAAUUUACGACUCUUCUCACACAAAUUGAGGGCAUACUCAACUCGCGGCCGUUGGAGCCUCUGUCGGAUGACCCGGAUGAUUAUUCGGUUCUCACCCCUGGGCAUUUUCUCAUCGGGGACACACUCACCUCCAUUCCUGAGCCCUCAUUACGGGAUGUGCCUCAAGGUCGCCUCACACGGUGGCAAUGGCUCCAGGAACGGGUUCAAUACUACUGGGAGCACUGGUCAUCGGGAUACCUGCAACGGCAGCAGGCUAUAUCAAAAUGGCAUCAUCCGAGUCACGACAUCCGGGUCGGGUCUAUGGUUCUACUCAUGAACGAAAACACGUCACCCACAAAGUGGCCACGGGCACGGGUCACACAACUACAUCCGGGAAAGGACGGGCUCACACGGGUGGUUACUCUCAAAACGGCGACGACCACACUCACACGGCCUAUCACCAAACUGGCACUCUUGCCAGUGCCUCAACCGGGAUCAAUCGACAGCACUGCUGCCGAUGGCGGGCGGAAUGUUCAGGAUUGA